AUGCUAUUCCAUAAAAAUUACGCACUUAGGGUACUCUAUGGAAUCCCAGCACUCGCUUUUUUCAUAGUCGUGGCUCUCCUAUAUCUUAGCUUUUAUUCAAGUUUUAUAUCAUCUGAAAAGCUAUCUAUACCCCUGAUCUUCCUCUAUACCAUAUUCCACUUUGAUUUGGUUUUAAUUCUAUGAAGCUACAUCAGGGUUGUAGCAACUGAUCCAGGGACAAUUCCCGAAUAUUUUGAUUUUUUGCCUAACAAUACAACAGAAGGUCUAACAACUGAUCAUAUUGAAGCAGAUGUUUAUGCUGCCAAAAUAGGAAUGUGCAAUAAAUGCCAUCAAUCGAGACCUCCCAGAACUCAUCACUGUUCAAUAUGUGAUAGAUGCAUACUUAGAAUGGAUCAUCAUUGUCCUUGAGUAGGGAACUGUAUUGGAUUCUUUAAUCAUAAAUAUUUUAUUCAGUUUUUGGUUUAUACGUCAAUUGAUUUGCUGAUUUUAGGAACUUCAAGUGGAAUUAAGCUUUAUUAUAGCGAUGAAGAUUUAUCAAUUUGUCUGCUAUUAAGUACUAUUGUCGGAAUCUCAAUGUUCUUUUCACUGAUAUGUUUAAGCCUCUUUCAUAUAUGGCUUAUUGCUACUAAUCAAAGUUCGUUAGAAGUGAGAAUCGGAGGAUUUAAUGUUUUUGAUACAGGCAGCAAGAUGAAUAAUUUCAAGCAAAUUUUUGGGAGUAAUAUUAUUAACCCCCCUUAUUGGUUAACAAGCAAAAUCAUUAGAAAAUCAUAUUUUUUUAGAAAUUAUGCAAAAAAUAUUUUUGAAUAUAAAUUAUAUUUGAAUAUAAUUAAUAAUAUAACAAUAAAAUACCAAACAAAUUUUAUUGAAUUUUAGUCAACUUAUUGUGAGGCAGAAAUUUGUUAAAUUUGGUAUAUUAAUAUAAUUUUUAAAAAUAUAUAAUUUCCUUGAUCAAAAAACAAUUGGUCUAUAACAAAGUGAGAGUUAUAGUCAAGGUGUCUUUUGGAUCGCUCUGGGCUACAAGACUUUGUGUAUUAGGUUUGGGCAACAGUAGUUGACAAUUCAACUCUAUUAGUUGGCAAGUGAAAAUUAAUAUAUCGCUUAACAGCAUGUGGAGUAGAGUUUGCAGCUGUUUGCUGUCCAUCAGUUGGAUGGACACAUAUUUCACAGAGGGUCCAAAAAUGGUCCUGGACUAUAGUGUUUUAUUGCCAAUAUCCUCAGCUAGCAUAUACAUAAAAUGGUGGAUGACGUCCGACCCGUCCUCUCGCGUGACGGUAAUCCAUUUAUAUCCGGGCAUGGUUUUCAGGAGGAAUGAUAUGGCCCAACAAUAUAGGAGCCCAGAGGCGACGGGCUUAAACACAAACCCACUGAUUUGUGAUCUGAUCCAUGGGCAGUUAAUCGUGAAUCCUUUUUCCAGCAGCGCCCUAGCCAGUGGGUGCCCGAAAUGGACUAGGGUGAUUUCCCUGAUCAAGCUGCUAUUGAUGGCUUUGCCCCGAAUCACGGAAGUGGUUGAGUUUUACUCAGGGAUGACCUGGUAAAAGGGGAGGCAGGCUAGACUCACAUACAAGGCGGUCCCUCCGGUUCAAAGGGUCCUUAAAGAGGACGACACCGGCCAGGAUAGGUACAGUUGUCCUUAGACGGGCGAAGGGACUGGGCUGGAAAUGGUGGUGCCCGGCAAAGGUCUGCGGACACAAAAAGGGCAACCCACUACCGAGAAAUCAGGGGUUUCAGCCUGGGCUCAGGAACCAGAGGUGGAAGUCCGCCCAAUUCGCUUGUGCCAACACGCUACUGGAAGUAGAGACUUAAAACAUUCAGCAUUAACAUUAACAUCCUCAGCUAGCGUUGGAAAUGGAGUUUACUAUCCGGUGAAAAUUAGAAGAAAAGCAGGAGGUAUUGACUUUUAUGAUGAAAAAAUUUUUAUCUAG